GAUACGGUGCACGCGGAGGGAUAUUGCUCCACACGCGCGUCAAAAUAUUGCCGUUAUAGGAGUAGGAUUAGUCCGCGCCACAGCUCAGACGCAGCACGGGCUGGUCGGUUAAUCAGAUAUCUCCGAAAUUGAGCGAUAUUUACAUUAAUAUAACGCCAACUCAAGUCUUCUUGAUGUUUAUCAAGGGGACGAGUGUGACCCAGGAUUUUCCCCAGUUGAGGAUUGUGUUUAUUUGAGUGCUGGAUUGACUUUUUUUUUUUUUUUUUCCGGCGGCGUUUUCUCUGAGACGCUGCGCUGCUGCAUCAGGGCUCUAACGGAUCUAUCGAGAAGCUUCGCCUCAUCUGUGUGAGCAGCACAGCUCGAGCCUUUUCUCCAUAAACUGGACUUGUGCUAUAACCAUUAUAGAAGAGGAAUUCAUUUCCAGUUCCACCUCAUGCGCUGAAAAUAUGCUGCUAUCAAAGUUUGGCUCUUUUUCUCACAUCUGCAGCCCGAACAGUGUGGACCAUUUACCGGUGAAAAUCCAGCUUCAGCCAGUGAAAGUGGAGCCAGAGCCGUUUGAGAAGGUCUAUCAGGUGGGCUCGGUGUUGGGAAGCGGGGGAUUUGGGACAGUUUACGCCGCCAGUCGGAUUUCUGACAGUUUACCGGUUGCAGUUAAACAUGUUGCAAAGGACAGAGUCACAGAAUGGGGAUCCAUUAAUGGUGUGAUGGUGCCUCUGGAAAUCGUGCUGCUGAAAAAAGUAGGCUCCAACUUUCGAGGAGUCAUAAAGCUGCUGGACUGGUACGAGAGGCCGGAUGGCUGGCUGAUCGUCAUGGAGAGGCCAGAGCUGGUCAAAGACUUAUUUGACUUCAUCACGGAGAAGGGCGCCCUGGACGAGAGCACAGCACGGGGCUUUUUCCGCCAGGUAUUGGAGGCUGUUCGGCACUGCUACAGCUGCGGCGUCGUCCACAGAGACAUCAAAGAUGAGAACCUGCUGGUUGACCUGCGCACUGGGGAACUCAAGCUGAUUGACUUUGGCUCGGGGGCCGUUCUCAAGGACACGGUGUACACCGAUUUUGACGGUACGAGAGUGUACAGUCCCCCGGAGUGGAUACGUUUCCAUAGAUACCAUGGCCGCUCAGCCACCGUCUGGUCACUAGGGGUGCUGCUGUACGACAUGGUGUGUGGAGAUAUUCCCUUUGAGCAGGACGAGGAAAUCCUCAGAGGACGACUCUAUUUCAGACGGAGAAUCUCAGCAGAGUGCCAGCUGUUGAUUAAGUGGUGUUUGUCCCUGAGGCCAUCAGACAGACCAACUCUGGAGCAGAUCUUUGAGCAUCCAUGGAUGCGUCAUGCUGAAGUGUCCAAGACGGAGGAGGGUGACAUCCGGCUACGUACCAUCAGUACAGACUCUUCCAGCAUGAGCUCCAGCAAGGAGAGCCUUUGAAAGAAAUAAUGUCUUGCUCUGAAAAAAGAGCUGGGACUCAACAGACUUUUAAUCUGCAUCCUUGCCUUCCUGGGGCUUGCAGAUUCCUUUUUUUUUCCUUUUGUAGGGAAUCAUAAUUUAUUACAGUUUGCUCUUCCUUUCAGUCUUUAUUAUUAAUUUUUUUUUUUUUUACAAUUCAUAAAAUUUGUUUCCUGAUGGGAAACAUUUGCUGUUUUGGGUGGACGUACCAGCAUUUAUUAUUAUUAUUAUUAUUAGUAUUAUUAUUAUUAUAUUGUUACAAGGCUGGUUUAUGUAUCUGGCAAGCCUCCUACACAGAUGUGGCUGCUCUCAUAGAGCUUGGACAACUUUUUAUUUAAAUGUUUUAAUUUUUGAUUUGGAGUGCCUUUUUGAAAGCUGCUGUUGGGGGGGCUUUCAUUGUUGCUUUUGUCGUUUUGUUUGAAAGUUUCCCUUGAGUUGGUUUGGAGGUUACAUGGUGUUUGGUGAUCGACCACUGCACCUCCAGCUAGCUCAAGGGUCUUACAGUGGGGAGGGGAUGACUGAUAGAAAUACUUGAAACGCACACACUCACUGCGUCUCUUUCUAACGCUGCUCAGUCACAUUUGAGCCUAUAUAGGUUGUCUAGAAAUUUUUUUUUUUAAUUUAAUUUAAUUUUUUUUCUCUGAAUGUGUAUAGAGAUUUGGUAUAACCGCUGUACCUUUGGAGGGUCUGGAACACUCCCUCCCCUUAGCUUACUUUUCUGCUCCUCAUCCCACUGCUGAAACUACAUUAGUCUGUCUCCUGGGUUUUGGGGGACCCUGGUGUGAAAAUGCACAAUCAAUGCAAUAUUCAUGAAUCCUUUUUCCCCCCUCUUCUUUUUUUUUUUUUUAAAGAUAAAUGUGUACAGGGUUUUUUUUUUUUGUACAGUUUUCUUCUUUGCAUUUAAUUUAUUUGUAACAUGUAGACAUUCCACACUCUGUGGCUAUUUAUUUUUUAUUUAUUGUCAUGCUUAAAUCCCAAAAUUUGCAUCUUUAUGUGGCCUUUUUUUUGCAUUCCUGUUUUUUUUUAAAACAACAAUUGGACAAGAGAUAGUGGAUGCACUGAAGCUGUUGUCAAUGUUAAAAGGAAUAAAAACAAACAAGGUUUACUUAAAUUGAAAGAGCGAUGAAUGUUAUUUACCUUCUCUUGGUUGUUGUCAUUUCAAAUCAAAAGUCCAUUAAUGUUGUUUUUGGGUCUGUGUAAUCUCCCUAGAACAGAUGGAAGUGUUUUGCAGAAUUGCAAUGGGAUGGGGUAUACCUAUCACUGGCUACACAGCCUUGUGUUAGAUAUUCUCUCUAUAGUAAAAGUUGUAUGAAACCCAAUGGAAAUCCUAUUUUUAUACAAGAACAUUUCAAUUAAACUUUCAUUUGUACAGAA